GCAAGUAGUUCGUUCAGUGUGGCCGCAGUCUUGUAGCGGUCAAGGCUCCGCGGCGAACGCCCGUGCUUUUAAAAAAAAUAACUUCAAGAAAAAGCGCGCGCCUUUCAAAAAAAUAUACUCAACGUACGUUUGACUUAUAAGAAGAUUUUUCUAAACUCUUUUGUAGAAGUAAUUUUUGGCUAAUUAUCAGUUUUUAGUACAAAUAACUGUUAAAUCUCUGUGCCGGUGGAUAAUGAGUUCGUGAUUGUGAACGUAUACAUCUUGGAGUCUAACACAGAUCACAUUCCAGUCCAGUCGCUGACAAAGAUGCAACAUUCAUAGCAUUAGGAUAAUCUGCAAACAUCACUCAAAAUGGGCCCACCUCUGAACACGUGGCCUUACAGUCAUCCUAGAUACAAAGCGGUACCAAACGACUCCGAAGAAGAAAAUAGAGUGCUACCAAGUGACAGUUAUAUUUACGCAAAGUGUUCGAUAUUAAGCAUCGUUAAUAAUUUUCGUGUGAUAUGUUUAAAUUUUACUGUUGCUUUAAUAUUUUUUCAAGUGUUUUUAAAUUUGAACUCUGUCGCCGCGGGUCCGGUGAUACUUAAUUUGGAUUAUUUACAAGGUCCAGUGCCACUAGCUAGAAAUAUAAGACACUUGCCAUGCAUAUCAAGAAGAUCAGCUCAAGAGGGUUUAUGCAUGUUUGCCAUAGAUUGCCUUAAAGCAAACGGUACUCACUUAGGAACCUGUAUUGACCGUUUCUAUUUCGGUUCAUGUUGCCAAAUACCCGAUAAAAGUAUAAUUCCACAAAUCGUCGAAAAUAUCGAUGAUAAUUCGAUUGACGGUGCAAAUUUCGUUCAUCCACAAUUAGAAGAUAAAAUCCAUGGUAUAGGAAACAAAGUAACUAGUGAAGCGACAAAGAAACCGUCUACAGAAAAGGUCAUUGAACUUACAACAGAAUCUCGGGUAUCAGAGAGCUCACAUGAUAGAACUGAUCCUGAUGUAUUAGAAACCAAAUCCGAUGAAAUAACAACGCUCGAUAACAAAAUUGAAAACGAUGAAAAUAAAUUGCAUACAACAAUAACCUUAGAUUUAGCGCAAAAACAAACUACAAAGGUUACACAAGAUGACAUACCAGUUACAGAUGUACCAAUUAAACUUUCAACGUUCCAAACAGUAUCUAGUAACAUUGGGAAUUUUGGAACGGAUAAAAUCAAGAAUGAUGAAAUAGAAAAUAUUACUACGGUUGUACCGACCACUACUACUAAAUCACCUGUAACAACUACUAAAGGGACCACUAAGCCUUUAGCAUCUAGGAAACCUGUAAAACCUCCAUUCAAGCCAAGACCUACGCUUCGGCCUAUAACUAAUUUCACGAGACCACAAUUUAGUCCAAGCGGCAAACCGAGACCGACAAAACCAAUUUCAGUAUAUAACUCAACAAGAAAACCUCCAUAUAAAACCCCACCAAAAAGGCACUCUACCAAAAAACCAUUACCAUCACCACCUAGAUUAAAUAUAACGAUAAUUCCUCAAUCAUCUAGUGCAAGGCCGCUCUUUACUAGGCCUUCAUCACCUGUCAUCACCUUCAUUAAUUCAACUAAUUCAAAGACAGAAGAAAUUCCUACAACCACCACUACCACUUCAACAACUACCACCACAACUAAACGGCCUACAACAUUAACUACAACCACGACAACAGUAGCACCAACAGAACGCAGCACAGAAGCACCAGAAACAACUAUUUAUGAUUCUCCAACUACUGAAAUUAUCACAGAAAAACCUACAACUAAGCCAGUAGCUGUUGCUAUAGAAGUAACUCAGGAAAGUGUACCGAUAGAAUCAGAGAAAGAAGCGAUAACAGAAACGAUAACUGAAAGGGAAACUGUUAAACCAGUGGCUGAGACAACAUUAUCGAUAACUACGCCAAAUUUAGCACCAUCAACUGAAUAUCCGCCAUUAGUGACCUGGUCCAGUACCGUCGACGCUGCAACUAAAGCACCAGAUGUAGCGACCACGGCUUCGGAUGAAGUAUGGUCGCCUAUAACGCCACCCGAAGGCUGGGUUUUAAUAUCAACUUUAGAACCGAAACCUGAUACAACAACAUCUACAACACCCACUACCACUACUACUACAACUCCUAUUACAACCACGACUUCUACCACAAGUACUAAGACUACCACGACAACAACUCCUUUAACAACUACAACAACACUCACAACAACUACAACAACACCCUCAACCACUACAACAGCACCCUCAACAACUACAACACCCUUAACAACUACAACAACACCUUCAACAACUACAACGGUAGCACCGUCAACAACAGUAGAAACAUCACCAACUCAGCAACUUUCAUCAGAAGCAACCUCGCCUUUAGUUGAGAGUACAACAACAGAAAAAUUAACAUCUUACAUACCGACAAGUUCAACAACAGAAACUAUCACUACAACAACAACAAGCUCACCGACCUCAGAAGUACCAUCACCAACAUCAGUGUUGACCGAGGCACCGUUACUUGAAUUCACUGUUAAUGUAACUUUGUCGCCAACUGUUCCAACGUCAACACCAAGCUUGACGUCAGAAAAUGUUACAACGGCCACAAACUUUAACGUUACUGAUACUACGACACUGGGAGUAUCUGAAAAUGAGACAACAACAGUAUCUCUGAAUGCUACAUCGCAGACAACAAUUAGCCCUGAAACCAUCAAUAUGUCUGAUUACAAAGAUGUAUGCGGUCGGCGGCUUUGGCCUCAGGGGCGCAUCGUCGGCGGGACCAAGUCAAGCUUCGGCCAGUGGCCCUGGCAGAUCUCACUGCGUCAGUACAGAACCUCUACGUACCUCCACAAGUGCGGUGCUGCACUUUUGAAUGAAAAUUGGGCCAUCACAGCAGCGCAUUGCGUUGAACAUGUUCCACCAUCAGAGCUGCUCGUGCGACUAGGAGAGCAUGACUUAGCGACAGAGGACGAGCCCUACGGGUUCGCGGAGCGACGUGUACAGAUCGUCGCCAGCCAUCCGCACUUCGACCGGAACACAUUCGAAUACGAUUUAGCAUUGCUCAGGUUCUACGAGCCAGUGGCAUUCCAGCCGAAUAUCCUCCCAGUGUGUGUGCCGGACAACGAUGAUGACUACGUAGGCAAGACUGCUUACGUCACCGGCUGGGGAAGACUGUAUGAUGAGGGUCCUCUGCCGACGGUACUACAAGAAGUACAAGUGCCGGUGAUCAACAACUCCGCGUGCGAGGCGAUGUACCAGGCGGCGGGGUACACGGAGCACAUACCUAACAUCUUCAUCUGCGCUGGAUGGAAGUCUGGAGGCGCGGACAGUUGUGAAGGAGACAGCGGUGGGCCAAUGGUAGUACAGCGCGAGCGAGACGCGCGCUUCGUACUGGGCGGCGUCAUCUCGUGGGGCAUCGGCUGCGCGGAGCCCAACCAGCCCGGCGUCUACACGCGCAUCUCCGCAUUCCGCGACUGGAUCAACCAGAUACUGCAGUUCUAAAACCGUCACAUUCUGAAGUUCUAGAACUUACCAUCGCUCUUUGUUAAGAAGAUGUGAGAACUACGCGGUAUCAAUAACUUCAGCCAUUCUGAAUAUGUCCGUGUAUGGUGUUACGAUAGUUGUAAAAUGUUACAACACACUUUCAUAAGAGCGUAAUAUUGAAAUCAACGCAUCUAUACAAACGUAAAUUGCAACGUUUUUCUAUAUUUUACUCACUGUCCUGUGUCAAUUUAGUUAGCAUUCCAGUUUUUAAUUCAAAAAUUUAAUGUUUUCAGUUUCAUAUUGUUUUUACAAUCUUAAACUUAGUGUAACUCUAAUGUUAAGUACAUUGAAUAAUUGCUCAUCAAAACGGAUACAAGUAGAAAACCAUAUUUAUAAGUGUCGAUAAGUAAUUUAUGUUAAGCUUGCGUUUUUAUUAUGAAAUUGUA